AUGAAACGGUUUGCCUUACAACCCAACAUAAAUACAUACAUGUUAUUACUAAAUGGCCUUGCAGAAUAUCGUGCGUUGCCUGAUAAUGUUUUUCAUGCCAGGGCAAUUGUUGACAGCAUCAGGAGAGCAGGUCGUCGUAAAUCGGAGUUUCAGCUCAAGACUGAACAUGCAAAUGCUUUAUUAAAAGUUUGUUUUAAUGCAAAUGAAUUCCAGGCAUUGGUAAAUAAUUAUGACACACUUUUUCAUCCUGGAUCAUAUGGUGCACUAACAGCUAAUAGGGAAACACAUACAAUUGUUCUAAGGGCUUGUGCGAGAAAUUGCGUUAAAUAUCCAAAUAUAGCUUUUCCUUUGGCAUCAAAUAUAUGGAAUAAAGUGUUUCAAAAAGCAAUUGAACAUCUUAAAAAGCCGGGUAUUCGUACAGAGGAGGAUGCUAUUGAUGAUGAACUCGUUUGCGCUAUGCUUCUUGUCUUUAGAAACUCUGAUCAGAUUGACAGAGGAUUCCUGAUGCUUAAAGAAAUUUAUGGAAUUGGAGAUGAUGUGAUAAGAACUCGACCUUAUAAUUUGCAAAUGACAUCAAAGUCAUUGGAUCUUAUGAUGGGAUUAUGCUUCAAAUCUCAAAAAAUCGAUUUGGGUAUUAAACUAUUUCACAAUGCUAAAGUUUUAUUCCCAAAUAUCCAACUAGACAUUGAAAAUUUUAAUAGCUUGAUUUCACUUUAUAAUAAGUCUGAACAAUAUGACAACGCCAUUGAUGCUUUUAAACAAGCCCUUGAUUUGGGUAUUGAACCGAAGUCAACAACAUUUGAUUUACUCAUGGUAGCUUGUAGAAAUUCACAAAAUUUAGAAUCUGUUAAAGAAAUUUUUGGCAUAAUUAUUAAACACAAAGUUGUCCCCAAAGCUACUGCACUGACGAAGAUACUCGAGUUGACACUUGAAUCGAACCCUAUUCGUAUGACAAAAGAGGUUCGAUGGAUAUUAAACAAGAUCGAUCAAAUUGGAUUGAACAAUCCUAAGUCACUUGUAACCCUUGCUACAAAACAAGGUGUUCCAAAACUACCAUUUGAAAUUGAUGACAAAGAUUUUCUGCGUACUAUAAUUAAUGCCUACGGAGUAGCUUUGGACAAAGCUGCGGGUAAGUUGCCUGAUCAUACUGAAGAGCGCUGGACUAAUAAUUUGAGAUUUUAUAAAAGCAGAUUAUGGGAUAUAAAUCAAAAAGAAGCUCAAAUAGAGCAGAGUAGGAUGCAAAAGGAGC